ACUCUCUUUUCUACUUUUGUACUAUAUUUAAUAAUAGAGAAGCGACAUUAUUUCUGCAUUUCUUCCAAUAACUCUUACAGGCUCGUAGGUCACAAUUGGUCUCCACAAGAGGUGUUUGGUUGAGUGCUGGUUUGGUGGGUUUCCUUUUUUCCCACAAUUUGUCUCAUAAUAAUAUUCAAUUUUCUUCAAAUAAAUUCAUAUUUUCAUACACAAAAUGAGCGAGUCGGCAUCAGUAUUGCCAGGUGGAAUUGUCCGGCCCAAAUUUAGACGGCGCUUCCCACGCAUUCAUCGUUCAGCACUAUGGCGGCGGCUGUUCCACUGGCGGCAGCUGGACUUUGAAUUUGCCUCCUGGCAGAUGCUUUACCUCUUGGUCAGCCCAAAGCGCGUGUACCGCAACAUAUACUAUCACAAGCAGACAAAAAACCAAUGGGCGCGGGACGACCCUGCGUUCAUCAUCCUGCAGGUGGCUGGCAUCAUAGCCAUGGCGGCUGCCUACUCUGUUGUGUACGGCGUGGGCGUCAAUGGGUUCAUCCGCUCUCUGGUGCAACUCCUUGUGGUCAAUUAUAUUCUGGUAGGCAUGCUCCUGGCGACAGCGACUUGGUUUGUGGCUAAUCGAUUUUUAAGGCACCAGAACGUGCACGUGGCGGACCAGCAGGUCGAGUGGAUGUAUGCAUUCGACGUGCACUGCAACUCGUUUUUCACGCUUUUCGUAUUUGCAUACGUCAUGCAGUUCUUCUUCUUACCGGUUCUGAUGAAGACCUCGUGGAUUUCGCUGUUCCUGGGGAACACGCUGUUUGCGCUUGCUGGGUCGGCGUACGCUUUCACCACGUACUUGGGCUUCCACGCCCUGCCGUUUCUCCACCACCAGGAGUUUUUCUUGUACACUAUCCCGGUUAUUGCCCUGGGCUACCUGGCCUCGCUGUUCGGCUUUAACCUCAGUCACCACUUGGUCGAUUACUAUUUCUGAUAAACAUUUUGAAUAUCUGUUACCUAAUACUAAUGCAAAGCCCAAGCA